AUGGCAGAUUCCAUUGGCAAUACUGCAUUGGGGAAUGGCACUACAAUCAGCACCAACAAUGAUGAUUUCCCUGUUAUAGCGACGACAAGCUCUAGCGCCGAAGACCAACUCAUGGGUUCUAGUCGACGCUCUUCUGCCAAGACGGACGCGUUGGAACGAGGCGAGAAACCAUUGCAAGACAAUUCCACCUCCAGGUUCGAAGACAAGUCGGACCAAGCAGGACCCUAUCAGUUGGUCGGCAGAGGAGGAGGUGCCUUGGUAUCGAGAACGGAACAUACAGUACUCAAUGACUUGGCAGACAGUGAUGCCUCGGAGCUACCGGAAUCAACAGAUAAUGAACAUGCUACCCUUGGCAAUCCCGACAACGCGCAAGACACGGAUGGCUCCAAGUCCACCACUCAACGCGGGGUGCUGGCAGUUGCUCUUAUAGCCUGCCUCCUCGCCAUUGUCAUUGCUGUCUCUGUGACAGUGGCUGUGGUUAACCAACAAAGCCAAACAGAGGUACAAGCUACCCAGAGUCAGGACCCACCAGCUACAAGCUACAAUGCUUCCAAUACCACUCUACCUUUUCCCGUGGACCCAGAUAUCUAUACAGAGCUACCCACCUGCUCACAAUCCAGUGAGCACCAGGGCUUUGUGGAACUCUCCUUUGCCAAUCUACCCAUCACGGAAUCGACCAAUCUCACAGAGCUGCAGCUGGAACUGGAAGAUCUCUUUCAAGAACUAUACAACAACCUAACAGGAAUGUGCCUGGAUCCGGCCAAACGAGUCAUGGUGUCUGCCAAUCUUACGGAAUGGUACACGGAGACCUUUACUACGGAUGACACCGAUGCAACAUCCAAUACGGUUACGAAAACCACCUGGAACCCCAUUGUACGAUGCGACGGCUGCACACCAGAGGAACCUGUCUUUCGUGCUCCGGCAUUUCAGGCACCGGAAGAACAACGGCGACAACUGGACGAUUCAAUCGACGCUUCAUCCUGCCCCACAACAUUCGAUUCCAUACAAAUCGAGUUUGAUGAGUUCUUGGCGCUCUUUGCCGCCACCUUACAAUGCCGACUGCAACAGCAAGACAAUGAUGCUGUGGGAAUUCUGAUUGGUCUUACCAGACCGAUAGAUGCCAAUGGAUCGCCACUACGCAAUGAAACGGUUCAGCAAGUUUGGCCCCAACAGAUUGACUCGUACAAGGAGCUACUCGACCAAGCGGCCAAUGGAACGAUGCUAGCUGUAUUUGCACACGAGGAAUUGAACAAUCUAUGCGACUGCUUGUCGCUUGAUACUGAUCCAUCCGCUUACAACAACAACAAUGGUACCGUGGAUACUUGCAUGUACUUGUUGCAAGGGACAAACGCCACCGAACAAGAGCUACAAUACUGCUUGUCCGAAGAGUUCCUAUUACUGACCCCACAAUGCCAAGACAUUAUUCCGCCGCUAUUGGCGACCUUUGAUGAGUCUAAUGCUGACACGGAUAGGACAGACAAUGAGGAGGAGGACGAGCCCACCAGUGGUCCGUCCGCCAUUCAAUCGGCCCAGCCUGGUAGCCUGCAACCAACGACAAAAGGCGACGACGACAACAGUCCCGCACCAUCCGUCGUACCAUCUUGGCGACCCACCAAUCGCGAAUCCGCGGAACCAUCGCUGGGCGAACCAACGUCUCUUGGCGGCGGACCGACUGCAGAUGCUACAACAACACUGGCCCCCACUAGUUCCGUUACAUUAUUCGUUACUACCGAUGCGUUCGAUGGUCUUAGCGACGCAGUCAUGGAGGAUGUUCUAGCUCGGGACGAUGGCAUCUGGUCGAAUCAACCGACGGCCAGUCCGGUACCGGCGGUUUCCACCAGCAGCCCAUCGGCCACGCCAAGCGCAGAAACCACACUCGAACAUACCACCACCACCAAUGUAGAACCUACCCCGGACAUUGGACCUACGGACCAACCGACAUCCAAUAGUAAUCCCAGGCAAGAGACAACAACACUGGCGCCAACUGCCUUGUUUAGUACCACGGCAGAACCCUCACCAACGCCAACUCAGGCAAUUUCACCAACGGAAGUAACAACAAAGUCUGCCGAUCAACAGCCGUCAGUGUGGCCCUCUAUGCAACCGAGUUUCAGCCCAACUCCAGACCCAACGUCCCCUCCGACACCUCCGCCAACGCCUAAUCCAACACGAGAUCCAACGAGUCAACCCACACCGGAUCCAACAAGUCGACCCACAUCGGAUCCGACAAGUCGACCCACGCCAGAUCCAACAAGGCCACCAACACCGGAUCCAACCAGUCCACCAACACCGGGGCCAACCACGAGCCCCACUACUAGCCAACCCAGUCCAACCGGGGCCGCUGUCAUUUCCAUUGUCAACUUGAUCCUGGUCGACGCCACGACAAGGCAGGACAUCCAUACCAUUUCGACUGGAGAUGUGAUUCGUGUUCCCGUGGGUUCGAGUCUGACUGUUCGAGCUCAACCAUCGUCGCGAACCGAAGUCGAAAGUGUCGACUUUUAUCUGGAUGGGGAAUUCUUCAACAACGGUCCGUGGCCUUCCUACGCCAUGAACGGGCACAGCAUCAGUGCGGGCAUUGCGUAUUUACCAGUUUCGGAGCUGUCUGUCCCCAUGAUGAACAUCAAUAUUACGGCUUACCCCAAUACCACCACGAGACGCAGGUCUCUUUUGGAGUUAGUGCCGAUGCAAGUAUCUUUCAGCUUGGUGGAGAACGUCCCAACAGCGACACCCUCUGGUGUGCCAUCGUCGGUUCCUUCCAUGGACCCGUCGAAUGCCCCGAGUUUGACGCCAUCAGCAAGGCCCUCAAGCACCCCUUCAACAAAUCCCUCUUUCACUCCAUCGUCUUGGUUUCCAAGCAUCAGUCCCUCGAAAUCGGAUAGCCCCUCGUUGGGGCCGUUACCUGUCCCUUCUAGAACGUCCUCAAUUGCACCUUCCACUGCUCCACCUCCUCCCACAGCUGUCCCCUCUAAAACGGCCUCGAUUGCACCUUCCACUGCUCCGUCGACUACCCCUUCAACUAGUGUUCCGAGCCAGACAGGAGCACCUACCAACCCCACAAGUGGUUCCACCACUCCGACGCCAAGCGUCAAACCAACCAAUGCGCCAACAGCCAAUCCCUCUGAUCCAGCGACGAGUAGCACCACAGCGCCUUCUACUGGUGCAGUAACGACUCAGCCAACGGCGGCCCCCACGGCAAGUCAAACAGCUGCACCUUCGCCAUCGCCGUCGUCACUUCCGGCGCCAACAUCAUCUUCUCCAACCAAAGCACCAACAGAUGGUGCUGCACCAACGAAUCCAGAGACAGGAUCCCCUACUAGUCCACCAACUUUCCCUCCCACUUUUCCGCCGACAAGUUCUCCUUCUACAACCCCAACAACAUCAACUCCAAGCGGCACGCCAACAGCAACUCCAAGCAACGUGCCGUCGUCGAUUCCAAGCAACACGCCAUCAUCGGUCUUAAGUAUGUUGCCUUCAUCAUCUCCAUCUUCGCUGCCCUCAAGCUCCCCAUCUUCGCUGCCAACCCCAUCACCCACAAAUCCGCCUACAGGGCAGCCAACUCCUUCUCCUACCAAUCAGCCCACACCAUCACCCACGAACCAGCCGACACCAUUUCCCACCAACCAACCUACUCCAUCUCCCACUAACCAACCAACCCCAUCGCCUACUAACCAACCAACACCAGUUCCAACUAAUCCACCAACUGAGCUUCCCACGGAUCCACCAACACCAGUCCCGACUAAUCCACCAACCGAGCCUCCAACCAAUCCACCAACACCAGUCCCGACUAACCCACCAACGCAACCUCCCACCCCUCCUCCUGUACCCACAACAAUUGCAACAGUUACAACACUUUCCGGAGGCACUGUAGUCUCGAACAAGGGGCUGUUUCAAAUAGGGUCCACGCCAAUUGACACAUGGUUUGAUACAAGUGGCCCAAGCGUUGUCACGACACCUGGUCUUGAAAACAUCAAUUCUGGCAGAAUCACGUUUGCUGGGGUGCAAAAUACGAAUGGCAUCUAUGUCGUGGUAGUCUAUGAUUCACCAGUGGGCAGUGGUGGCAAUGCUGGUCAAGCAACCGUUUCAGUGGAUGGUGGCGCUCCAACUCUCUAUUCGUGGGCGGAGUGUUGUGCGGAAGGAUUUCGAGUCGGCCCUUUCUUUGCACCUCAUAGUGUUUGCUUUGAUCACUCGGGCCUUGUUGGUGUCAUCCAGGCUUGGUUUGUGGAUGGGACCAACACCCCCACCUACGUUGUAAACGAUGCUUCCACAACCACCAUUUGUGUCAACUUAGCAUAA